GGAAAAGAAAGAGUUUUGGAACUUCAAAUUACUGGAGACUAAUUUAUUCUUCUCUGUUUUUGAAAAUCAAACGGUUAACUAGAAUUUUUUAUGGUCUUGAACGGUUGAGAGUUGGGAUGGCUUUUGGGGCGUUAUCUGAUUCCAAAUAUUGAUUGGCAUUAGGCUCCAAGGCAAUGACACAGCAGCAGCCCGCAAACUUUGAAUCUGAUAACUCAUUUCAAAAAGAUGGACACUUCCAGGCUGUGGCAACUUCUCUUCUGAAUGCAUCUUCAGGAGAUUUUCCAGCUUCUGUUUGUAACAUUGCACACAUGAAUGAGGGUAUAAUGUCUAAGAGAACAAAUCCAAUCCUUGUAAACGAAACAGAAAAUUCACAAUUCAAUAUGUUGAGUUCUUUAGUCCCUGAGGGUAGUUCAUCAGUUUCAACAAAUGCCAAUUCUGAUGUGUAUUCUUACCUCAAUGUGCCGCCAUUGCCUUUGUCUACAUUAUCCUCUUGUUCAAGCACUUCAGGGGCUUCAAAUUUUGGCCUAGAAAGCUCCCAAACACGCAAAAGGAAACAGCAUCAAGGAGGUGGAAAACUGGAUCGCGGUACUACAACUGCUGUGCAUAAGAAUGCUAGAUUAGAGAUGGGCCAAGAGGCCACUCAACGGCAGCAAAAUGUUUUGCAGUGUGCUCCAAAUUUGGAUGCUGGAGUAUGUUCACGCCGCAUAAUGCAGUAUAUGUAUCAUCUGAGGCAUCGCCCAGCUGAUAAUGGUAUUGCCUUCUGGAGGAAACUUGUGGCAGAGUACUUUGCUCCUUGUGCCAAGAAAAGGUGGUGUUUGUCUUCCUAUGACAAUGUGGAACGCCGUGCCCCUGGUGUUUUCCCACAGGCUGUCAUGGAUACUUGGCAGUGUGAUUUAUGUGGUUCUAAAUCAGGGAGGGGGUUUGAGGCCAAUUUGGAAGCACUUCCUAGGCUUAAUAAAAUAAUGUUCGAGAGUGGGGUGAUCGAUGAACUCUUGUAUCUUGAUCUGCCAAAUCAGCUUAUACAAUUUUCUGAAUUAAUGGCUUUAGAAUAUGGCAAAGCAGUUCAAGUGAGUGUCUAUGAACAGUUCCGUAUUGUUCGUGAGGGUAAACUUCGCAUAAUUUUCACUCCCGAUCUGAAGAUCCUUUCUUGGGAAUUUUGUGCACGGCACCAUGAAGAACUUUUGCCUCAAAAUUUGGUUGCUCCUCAGAUUAGUAGGUUAAUCCGUACUGUACAAAGGUAUCAAAGUUUUAUCAACUGUAGCAGAUCAGACAGGGUUUCACCACAUGACUUACAAGCAAAUUGCAACGUAUUUCUGGUGGCUGGGUGUCAACUUAUUAGAAAUUUGGAGUUACAGCCGGUCGAUAACUUGGGGUUUCCCAAGCGAUAUGUACGGUGCUUGCAGAUAUCUGAGAUUAUUAACAGUAUGAAAGACUUGAUGACUUUAAGCAUGAACAAAAACAUCGGACCUAUCGAGAGCUUGAGAUGUUAUUCUCAAGAAAACUGCUCGACCAAUCCCCGGGAAGGUGAACAACAGAGCGAAGAAAGUGAUCAUUGCCCCUCAGUUGGGAGAAGAAAGUUAAUGUCUACUUGUCUUUCUGAUAACAAUGAAAUUGAUAACUCAAACAUUACUGGUUGUGAAGAAGCAUCAGUUUCGGCCGGUUAUUUUACAGAAUUGCUGAGACAGAACUCAUUGAACUCCAAUGCAGGCGAAGUGAUGCAGCAGAAAACAGAGCAUAUUAAGAAUUUAUCAGUGUGCAAGCAGAAAACAGAAAACAGCCUUAUUCAGAAAUUGCUACAGGAAAUGAUCAAUAAUAGAAGAACAUCUGAUAGGGGAAGUGAAAAGUGGAGCAGUAGUACCAUGGUUGACUCAGCAGCUGCAACCAGGGGGACCGCCAUUGAUGAGUACAACGUAGCUUUCAAUGACAGCAUGGCAUCUCAGGUUGCCCUGGGAAAUGUGACAAAUAGUAUUGUGGGGAAAUUCAGAACCUUUACAGCCGCUACUUCUGAUGUGGACCCUUGUAUGAUUUAUGGUCAUGGGAGUUUGUCUAGAAGAGAACAACAUUUGUCUGAAGCUAUACACAAACAUGAUUUCUAGGUUUUAAUUUAAAACGUAAGUUCUGAUGAUGGUUGUGGAGCCUGAGCUAGACUUUGCUCAGAUCGUAUUAUUUUGUCUACUCUGUGUUAUCUGUCACGUUUUUGUUCUUUGCUAUAUCAGUGAUAAACAUGUAAUCUAAUUUCCUAAUAAUUAGGAUGCAUAAGCUUCAUUAGUACAAGUAAAGAGCAUUUGUGGAAUUCCAUA